AUGGGAAACUACAGGCAUAAAUUAAGCUCAGCAGGAUGCCCUGAGGUGGUCAUAAACAAACGAAAAUCUGGAAGUUCAAAAGGGGAAACUGUCAAAAAGUCAAAGAAGGGGGAGGUGAACUACUGUCCUGAUCCACCUGAAGGACAAAGUCCUGAAAACAUGGAGGUGAAGCGCAAGAUAAUGGAGGCUGAAAUGCAGAAGAAAGACCCAAAUCAUCAGCUGAUUGAGGAUUUGAUGGUUUCUACAUUUUCUCAGCGUAGGAAAGACAUUGUAGGAGAUCAACCACACAUCACAGAGCUCAUGUCCCGAUGGCCUGCUCUGUUCCAUGAGAGACAGACUGCUGGAGGUCUACAAACAGCAACCAAAUCUGGGAAGAAGCAGCCACUCAAAGACAUUUUGGACUGCCUUGCAAAAGAUGACACAAAUGAAAGGAGAAGGGCUGCUGCUCUGCUUGGUUUGCCACGCUACAUAUCUGGGGAAGAUCCAUCAACCGUCAUCAGGAUGUGUGAUGCUCAUGCUGAUAUUCUGGAUGAUGCCAUGAAGGGGAUGCAGGUCGGUCUUCUGAUUGCCUGUGAAGGUAGUGAACAGGGGGCCAUCCCACACGAGGUCUUCGACGUGGCAGUUGUGGUGGAGGAGACCAUUGUGCUUCACAAUAUUAAAGAUGUGACAGUUGGCUUUGCUAUGCUUAUGGGUGUCAUCUACUGUAUCAAUCUCAAGUAUCCAAAUGACAUGAAGUAUUCGUUCGAGUUUCUUCAGAGAGUGGUGAUGAAGAUCAGUCCAGACCAGGCCUCAGCUCGAGUACAUGGUUUGAGAAACAAACUCCUGAGGUACAAACUGUAACAUCUGGUAUGUUUACAGUUUU